UUCCGCUGGUGUUUGUGGUUAAUCGAAUGGUAUCAGUUUUGGUAUUGUGGAGUUUUUGAAAAAUAAAUUCAAGUUUUUUUGUUUUGGGUCGUUAUUUCGGAAUUGGUUGCUUGAUUGUUUUGAGGAUUUUGGGAUUGAUCGGUUUAGGGUCGCGGACGGUUUUCCUGCUUAGAUUUGCACUAGGAGAGAAUGUAGGCGUUUAGUAAGCGAGAAGUUUCUGUUGUGAUUGCGUUUGUUGAAUGUUAUUCGUAGUGGUUAGGUGGAGUAGAUAGUUGAGCGCUUGCCUUGCUCUGACUUGGAGCAGUUGUUGUUGUGACUUGAGAUUCUGUAGUGGUGGAUGUAGUUCUAGGGUUUCGUUAUGAUCGUCUUUCGUUUGAAGGAAAGAGUUUCCUGGGCGUCUUCGUUGCUGAUGUAAUAACUCGGGAUGGCAUCAUGACAAGUAUUAAUCAAACGCUAUUGUCGAAGUGUCUUCUUUUUGCGACAGUCUGUACAGGUAAUAGCAAUAGCUAUGAAUCUAUACCACUACCCGACUCUGUGAGAGGACUGAAAUCUGUCUCAACUUCUGGUGUAAACCGAAAAUGGAGGGCAGUGGUCCUAGUGAGGAGGGAAGUAAGGGAAAUGAGGUGGAAGUCCUUGGAGAAGGGAGUACUCGAUGGCGGGGCUCGCGCGUUCUAAAGCCAUGCAAUGCUCUUGCCGGUUGGUCUGAAAGAGCAACACCUUCACUCGAGCACACCAGUAAUGAGGUCGAAGUGGAGGAUAAUGGAGAGUUGCAACAUCAGGCCGCUGAUACAAUGGAUGAUCGUGAGACUAGUGAUGCGCGGUGGUGCAGAUUAGCAAAUCCCGAAGCUGAUGUUUCACCCUGGCGUAGACGAGUAAGGAUUGAUACUAUGCCAUCUGUUGCACGUGAUGCUACCAGUGGAAUGACACAUGACGGAAGAAGUGUUGGUUCUGAGGGGAGUAUGGAGGUGUCGGAGAUGUCCGGAUGGCGGAAUCCUCGGAUGAACAGAAGGCAUGCAGGAAAUAGGUUGGAAAGAAAUGCUCGUUCUCUUACUGCUUCCACCGUUGUUGAGUCUAGUGAGAGGAGCGGGCGGGGUGGAUUUGGAGUGUUGUUUGACAAUAUAUCAAGGGGAUCCGAGGCUAGUGGUUCUAGAGAUAGAAGGAUCCACGACCAGUCAGUCAUAGGUUUCUCGUCGGACGAGGAAAAUGGGCCAAUUACUGAAAAUACACAGGUUCAUGAUGUUAUUGACCUUGCUGAUGACUUGUCGCCCCUCGGAAAUACUCGUUCCAGUGGACCCGGCAAUGGCGAAAGUGCACGUAAUGAAGUGGUAGGACCUUCACACAGAUCCAGGGAGUCACCAGUGAGAAGAUUAAUGCAGGGAUCAGCAUCCGGGGAUGCAAAGCGUGCAAGAAGAAUCAUGCAUAGAAGUGGUGUCACCAACUCGGAGGAACCUUCUGGUGAAGGCGGAAAUUUUCUUCGUGUAGAAGAUGUUUACGAGAACAGCGUUCCUUCGGGGGAACAGAUCAAUGUUGUCCCAUCUCCAGGUUUAAGGAGGGGCCGAAGUUUAACUCUGGGACCUUCUGCACUUGGCACUCGAUUGGUUGGUCCUUCUCACACCGUAAACAACGGGCUACGUCGUAGAUUAGGGCGGCAUAGGUCACAAGCAGGUGGUGGUUCAAUUUUCGAAGCCUCGGACUCAAAUAAUUUGCGCCGCCCAUUUGUUAUACCUUUGGACACAGAGAAUGAGAGGGUGGUCAAUCAACCCAAUGGCAUUGUGAACCUGGAGGAUCCCGACUCUCCAACUUUGGUUUCCGUGAGGCCAGGCAACACUAUCGUUUUGGAUGAUGACGGAGAAGCGGAGCGCGCCCGACAAUUAUCGGAAGACGAGAGGGUUGCGAGAGAGUUGCAAGAAGCAUUUGCCCUUGAGGACAUGGGUGGUUCGCAGCCACCGACUGAUGAAAUGUUUGCGAGGAUGCUGCAAGAUGAAGAGAAUUCGCAUGGUCUGUGGCUUCCGCUUGAACAAAGGCCGGUUUUUUUCGCGCCUCCUGGAUUGCUGGCGAAUGAGCACCAUCGGGAAGCACGAAGGCUUUUUCGAAACGAAUUGGCUCAAGGAUCUGCAGGUGUUGCAGACAAUGUUGCAUCGGGUUCGAGGGUGGGGCGCAGGGGAUUGAGGCGUAACUCUGCCUUGGGUCGUAUGCUGAAUGCACAUUCCGCGCCAACACCAGAUCACAUGCUUGACAGACGCAUUCCAUUUCCAUCGAGCAUGGGGUUGGAGUCAAGUUCUUUUUGUUUGUUUCCUCCUAAGCAGAGGAUGGAGUUCUUGGCUGCUCUUGAGAUGGCCUUUCAGGAACAGUUGCCUGUUGGUCUUCAGCUUGCGCAUUUAGAUCGUGAUUUCAACGAGAACGAUUAUGAAAUGUUGUUGGCUUUAGACACAGACAAUUCUAGUCACCGAGGAGCUUCCAUGGAGACCAUCAAUCAACUUCCAGUCACCACCAUUGCACCAACUGAUGUGUUUGAAGACUGUUCUAUAUGCUUAGAGGUGCCCGUGUCAGGGGAUAUUGUUCGACGUCUUCCAUGUAUGCAUGUCUUUCAUCAGCCGUGUAUAGAUCAAUGGUUGCAAUGCCAAGCUGUGUGCCCCGUUUGUAAGGCGCAUAUUUCUGGUGGAUAGUUUGGUGGCGGUUGCGGUGCCUCAAGGAACGUGAUUAGACUCCUUUGCACUGAGUAUACCAUAAACUUCGGAUGAUCAAAUUGUUGUGGAAUCAAACCUACUUCGGGUGCUAUGCUUCCAUGUGUUGUCCAUCACUUGACGGAUGUGGUUGUGAUCCUUUUUGUCUAGUGCAGAUAAUGUACUAUGAUACCCUCAUGCUUGGAUAAUAGAGAGGGGGCCGAAAUUCCCAAUAUUUGUUUUACUUUUAAAAAGUGCGUCCUGUGUACCAUGGAUUAAGAGUAUAUAGCAGCAUGACUACUAAAUUUAGACUGGUAGUUUUUGCUCUCAUCCAACUUAUACCGGACAAGUCUUCUUGAAUUGUCCUCUUCAUUUUGAGAUUUCUAAUUUCAGGGUGAUCCUGAGAGUAGUAAAUUUCUUUUGGGAUGCCAAGUGCGAACAUCUUACGGGUAUUUUUUAGUUCAUAUGUAUAUCAGUAGGUUAUCAUAAUUGGAUCCGCUGAAAAGCAAGUUCAAAGAGUAAAAUUGUGCCAUGGAGUUAGUUAAUUUGGACUCACCUUGUGGAUC